AUGAGUGGCUCUCUCGGGGCCUGUCCUCGGAGCCCAGACACUGGCCCGGGGUGGUGGUGGCUUACCGGCUUCCACGCCCGUGGCCAAGAGCCAGGCAUCCUCAGUGUCUGGUUACUUCAGGUGCCCGUGAGCCCUCUUCUGGGGGAUCAUUUGGUGGUGUUUGUCUGCACCCCGUGCAACUCCCCACUCUCACUGGCUUCAGCGUUCACCUGGGAGGUGAAGGCCAAUGACAGGACCUACAACGACCAGUUUAAGGAGAAGGUCUUCCUGUGUUGGCAAAGGAAGAAGUACAAGAGCAACAUCAUCCACACCACCAAGUACAACUUCUUCUCUUUCCUGCCUUUAAACCUUUACGAGCAGUUCCACCGAAUGUCCAACACCUACUUCCUUCUUGUCAUCAUUCUCCAGGCCGCAUUUCCUGAGAUCGCCACGAUGCCCUGGUUCGCCCUCUUUGCCCCACUCAUCUGCCUCCUUGCCAUCCGGGCCACCAGAGACCUGGUAGAUGACAUUGGGCGACAUAGGAGUGACAGGACCAUCAACAACAGGCCCUGCAAGAUGCUGGUGGGAGAGAGCUUUCUGUGUAAAAAAUGGAAGGACCUUUGUGUGGGGGACCUGGUCUGUCUGCAUGGAGACAAUAUUGUCCCGGCCGAUGUGCUCUUGCUGUCCAGCACGGAGCCCAACAGCCUGUGCUAUGUGGAGACAGCUGACAUUGAUGGAGAGACCAACUUGAAGUACAGGCAGGCCCUGAUAAUGACGCAUCGUGAGCUGAAAAAUGUAAAGAGCAUGGCUUCCUUCCAAGGCACGGUGGUGUGUGAAGAACCCAACAGUCGGAUGCACUACUUUACGGGACGCCUGGAGUGGGAGGGCAAGAAAUACCCCUUGGACAGUGGCAACAUCCUUCUACGUGGCUGCAAGAUUCGAAACACAGAUACUUGCUACGGAAUGGUCAUCUAUGCUGGUGUUGACACAAAGAUCAUGAAGAACUGUGGCAAGGUCCAUCUGAAGAAAACCAAGAUAGACAAUAUGAUGAACAGGCUGGUGAUCCUGAUCUUCAUAUGCGUGGUGCUGACCUCCAUAGCUUUGACCUUUGGCUUCUGGAGCAAGGUGACGGAAUUCAAGAAGCACGACUAUGUCCUUGAGACGCACAUGUACAGAAUGACCAGCGAGUCUUUCUUCAUGUUCUUGAGCUUUCUCAUCCUGCUCAGUGUCAUGAUGCCCCUGGCCAUGUUCAUCAUAGCUGAAUUCAUCUACCUGGGGAACAGUAUUUUCAUUGACUGGGAUGUGGAGAUGUACUACGAGCCCCAGGGCAUACCUGCCAAAGCCCGAAGCACCAGCCUCAAUGUCCAGCUGGGCCAGGUAGAGUACAUCUUCUCAGACAAGACUGGUACGCUCACACAGAACAUCAUGACUUUCAAGAAGUGCUGCAUCAGCGGCAUUGUCUACGAACAGGACGAGGAGGAAGCCCUAUGUGAAGGGAACCCCUUCCUCUGGAACAAAUUUGCCGAUGGGAAGCUGCUCUUCAAAAACACAAGACUCGUGAGCAUUGUGCGCAGCAACAAGGACAAGAUGGUGCAGGAGUUCUGGCGCCUGCUGGCCAUCUGCCACACGGUGAUGGUGGAAGAGAAAGACAACCAACUGUUGUACCAGGCAGCUUCCCCUGACGAGGAGGCAUUGGUCUCAGCGGCCCGGAAUUAUGGCUACGUGUUCCUGGCACGCACACAGGACAGCAUCACGGUGAUGGAGCUCGGGGAGGAGCGGGUGUACCAGGUCCUGGCCAUGAUGGACUUCAACAGUGUCCGAAAACGGAUGUCCGUGCUGGUCCGAAACCCCGAGGGCUCCAUUUACCUCUACACCAAAGGCGCAGACACUGUCCUCUUUGAAUGCUUGCGUAAGAAAGACGUGUAUAAAAAAGAGCAGACCAUGAUCGUGGCCACAGAACAGGCCUUAACUUCCUUUGCUGAGCAGACCCUGCGCACACUGUGCCUGGCCUACAAGAAGGUGGAUGAGGAUGAGUAUGAGGAGUGGCGCCAGCGGCACCAGGAAGCCAGCAUCCUUCUUCAGAACCGGGCCCAAGCCCUGCACCAAGUGUACGAGGAAAUGGAGCAGAACCUCCAGCUGCUGGGAGUCACAGCCAUUGAAGACAGGCUCCAGGAUGGCGUCCCUGAAACCAUCCAGUGUCUCAAGCAAGGGAAAAUCAAAGUGUGGGUACUCACAGGGGACAAGCAAGAGACCGCAGUGAACAUUGGCUAUGCCUGCCAGCUGCUGUCUGAGGACAUGGGCAUUCUAGAGGAGGAGAAGAUAACUCAGAUCCUGGAAACCUACCUGGAGAGCAACAGCAGCAACCUGCCACAGGUCAAGACGGCCGCCAUGAUCGUUAGUGGAGAGUUUCUGGAUCAGCUGAUAAGGAGCAAAACAGGGCUGGUAUGGCAGAAUAAGGACCCCAACACCCAAGAGAGUCCUGAGGCGUGGCGGGAGCGGGCCUUCGUGGAGCUGGCCUCUAGGUGCCAAGCAGUCAUCUGCUGCCGGGUGACGCCCAAGCAAAAGGCCUUGAUUGUGGCGCUGGUCAAAAAAUACCAAAAUGUGGUGACCCUGGCCAUUGGGGACGGCGCCAACGACGUCAAUAUGAUCAAGACUGCGGACAUCGGCGUAGGGCUAGCAGGCCAGGAGGGCAUGCAGGCGGUGCAGAACAGCGACUACAUGCUGGCCCAAUUCCGCUUCUUGAGGCGGUUGCUGCUGGUGCACGGGCGCUGGUCCUACAUGCGAGUGUGCAAGUUCCUACGUUACUUCAUCUACAAGACGCUGACUAUGAUGAUGGUUCAGAUCUGGUUCGCUUUCUAUAGUGGCUUCACUGCCCAGACUCUGUAUGAAGGCUGGUACCUGGCUCUCUUCAACCUGCUGUACACCACCCUCCCAGUUCUGUACAUUGGGCUCUUCGAGCAGGAUGUGAGCGCCAAGCAGAGCCUGGAACUCCCCAAGCUGUACAUUGCUGGCCAAAAGGAUGAGUUCUUCAACUACUGGGUCUUCUUCCAAGCCAUUGUCCAUGGCACAAGCGCCUCUCUGGUCAACUUCUUCAUGACCCUAUGGAUCAGCUAUGACAUUAUUGGGCCCCUCAGUGACUAUCAGUCUUUGUCCACAGUCAUGUCCCUGUCGGGCCUGCUGACUGUCACCAUGGAGGUCAUCCUCAUCAUCAAGUACUGGACGGUCCUGACUGUGCUGUCCAUUUUCUUCAGCCUCUGCUUCUACACGGCCGUAACUUGGACCAGUCAGAGCUUCUGGCUCUUCACAAUCUCCCCCAAGACCUUCCCUUUUCUGUAUGUUGACAGAAAUGUGAUGUCCCACCCCACCGUCCUGCUGGUGGUCCUGCUGAAUGUGUCAUUGAACACCUUGCCCGUACUGGCCUUGCGUAUCAUUUACCAAGCCCUCAAGCAGCCACGUCCCAAGGAGGAGAAGGAGGAGGAGGAGGAGGAGAAAGAGGUCCCGAUCGAGGAGAUCAUGGUGGCGCCGCGCGCCCGGCGCUCCAGCUACGCCUUCUCCCACCAAGAAGGCUAUGCAAACCUCAUCACACAGGGCACAAUUCUGCGGAGGACACCAGGCAUCCACAGACAGACAUUCGCAAUGCCAUCUGAUGAAGAAAUUGCCUCAAACAUGGAUGUCGUCUGA